AUGGCCAAAAGCAUCUUCAUUGCACUUCCAAACGACCUCUUGGACCAAAUCUUUGCAGAUGUGGACCGCGAAGAUUUGAUAAACCUUAUCAAGACGCAUCAAUCUUUCAUGAAAUCCGCUCAGCGGCACUUGUUCCACACAAUCAACCUUCCAGCACAAUCUACCUUGGGCAAAUCUUUUGUCACAUAUGACAACAAGAUUAUCGAUGCAUCGCAAGUCCAGGAAUACAUACGAUGGGAACAAGAUCAUAAUCGAUAUCUUGACGCAGGGCCCUCGAUUUUGCUACCGAUACCAGAUGCUCAGAUGCCACCAGACUACAAACAGGAGAAGGCCUACAAAAGGGUGAUGGAUCGACAGCGUACCUGUGCUCUGAUCCUGCAGGCUAUCACAUUGACACCGCACCUGGCAGACUACGUCCGUCAUGUUCAGAUAGAUUCUGAGUGGGGCUCACCACUCUUUUUCAAUUCGCAAACUUACACCAUACUCAACAAACUACCGAAAUUGCGUAGAGUCGAAAUCGUUAUCAAAGACUGGGUGGCAGGUCGAGAAUGGAUCCCAAUCCAGCAAGUUUGUGUACAGCAGCUAUUCGACAUGCUUAAAGACCUCCGAAUCCAGACAAUCGUUUUGAAGACACCAUCGGUCAGGAUUCUGAGCAAACUGAUGCAGAUACCCACCAUCCGGUCUUUCGCAAUUGACACCGUUACCGAAUCUCUGGACGAUUAUCACCCCUCGUCGUUUGAGCCUACUAUCCUUCCCAACCUUAUAUCCUUCGAUUCCAGGAAUUUCACAAUAGGCCCUGCUAAAAUGGUAAAACUGCUCAGUCAGGCCAAAAACCUCCAGUCACUGCUCAUCACCACGAAUUCGGACUAUGUCCGCCCAAUGAAUUUUGAGGUUGCCAAUGGUACCCUGAUCGUAUCCACUCCAGGCAUUCUAAAAGCGAGUCUGGGGCCUAAUUCUUCCUUGAAAGAAUUAGCACUGCUAGAACCGGCGGGCGUAUAUUUUACAGAGGGUCGUCACUUUCGUGACCAUCUCCACCCUACCAUCAACGCCAAUUUCUCGUUCCUCAAACACCUGCGAAUCCUGAAGAUCACCUCGGCCUUUUGGUACAAUCGCCAUUUCGACCUACCCAGCGCACCCGAAAACGGCUGGAUGUGGAAGAAACAGGACCGCUGUGCUGCUCGCGUGUACAACUUCCUCCCUCCAUCGCUCCGCGAAUUGGAAAUCCAAUUCAUGUGGCCCGAAGUUGUUUUCGCCGCGGGCUUGGGCUAUCAAACACACUUUCCUUUGACACCUCAGGCUACCCAGUUGAAGGGUUUUGAAUGGAUCAAGGAAUUCGCGGAGCAGAAACAACAUUGGUCGAAAUUAAGGGAGCUCCUUCAUUGA